AUGCAGUUCAAGUUUGUGGUGAAUGUUGUUGAUCAUACCAGCAAUGCUUCUCUGUUAUUGUGGGAUAGGGAAGGCAGUCAAUUGUUAGGAAGAAAUGUGACUGAUUUUUUAGGAAAUGGUGGUCAGGUUGCUCCUAAGAAUUCCAUUCCUGCACUUAUUGAAGAGAUUCUUGUGGGUCAGAAUGUAUUGUUUAAACUUCAGCUGAAAAAUCAUAUUGAGUAUUAUAGAAGUUACCCUUUUACUGUCAACAAAGUUUGUAAUCUCCCUGAAAUAGUUGACAAGUAUACUCCUAAAGACAUGGGUGAACAGAUCUUUAAAUUUGAUACAAAGUUAUCUCAUCUACUUUUUGGAGCUGAUCUUGCUGAGGUUUCUCGGAAGUCCUAUGUUACAACUGAUCUGUCCACUCUAGCUAAUGAGAAUAUCAGUAAAUUGUUGGUUGAAGGAGCUGAAUUUAAUUCUGUAGUUGAUGCUGCUGAGGGUUCUCAGAAAGUGUUUGUUACACCUGAUUUGUCCGCUAUUUCUAAUGAUACAAAUCAUGGAUGGGGUGUUGAAGGCUCUGUGAAGCGAUGCUUGGAUUUAGAAUUUGACAAAUGUGAUCAUGGUGAUGAAGUUCAGAUUAAGAAGAAAGAGAAAAUUGAUGGUUCUUAUUAG